CUGGUCUUUGCCCUUUUCCAAACGAACCUUCUCCCGCUUGUACUCCUCCCCUCGUUUGCGGCUCUGGUCACCAUCUCUAUCGCAUACGCUUACCCCCCAUACCGCACCAGACAAGCUUUGAGCAGUCAAGAUGGGCGAGUCUCGGCAAGAACUCAUUCAAUGGCUGAACAGCCUCCUCCAGCUCAACAUGACCAAGGUCGAGCAGUGCGGCACGGGCGCCGCCCUCUGCCAGGUGUACGACAGUAUCUUCCUUGACGUGCCCAUGUCGCGCGUCAAGUUCAACGUCAACACCGAAUAUGCAUACCUCCAAAAUUUCAAGAUCCUGCAGAGCACCUUCACGAAGCAUCACAUCGAACGAUCCAUCCCCGUGGAGUCGCUUGUCAAGUGCAAGAUGCAGGACAACCUCGAGUUCCUGCAGUGGACAAAGAAGUUUUGGGACCAGUACUACCCGGGCGGCGAGUACGACGCCGUUGGCAGAAGGAAAGGCGCGCCGCUGCCUUCGGCUGGCGCACCGGCUCCCCGGACGACCAGCGGUGCUGCGAGACGCCCCGGCGGCACAACUCCGACGACAGGCCCCCGUGCUGGUACCGUCAAGCCCGCCGGUGGUGCUGCGACUGCGGCACUGCAGCAGGAGAACAACACGCUCAAGGAAACGGUCGUCGGGCUCGAGCGGGAGCGCGACUUCUACUUUAGCAAGCUGCGCGACAUUGAGCUUCUCAUCCAGCAGGCUGUCGAGGAGGACCCCGAACUUGAGAAGCAGGAGGAUGGUCUGAUCAAGCAGAUCCAGACCAUCCUCUACUCGACCGAGGAGGGCUUCGAAAUUCCCGAUUCGGAGCAGGUGGACGACCAGGAGACGUUCUGAACAGGCACACGAUUGACGUUGGCAAGCAGGGCGAAAAUACAGAGGGAUAGACCGAGUGUGAUGAGAGUUUUGAGGAGGUAAUUUAUUGGCUACGGGUGCGCCCCGACCAGCAUGAUGUAUAUGACACGGAGCGCGGUUGGGAAUGGCUACGGGACUUCUCUUGGGAUGUAUCCUCCCUCUAUACCCCUUGUUUGGUGCUGCUCCAUGGUCGUUCCUUGGCCUUUUAGCUUAGCCCGCGCGCAAUGGACCGUCUGUGAGAACAUGUAGGG